CGCGUCGGGCGCGAACACGGACCAUACUCAACUGCGCUUGAACAAUAUCGCAAGAGGCUAUCAACUGUUAGUAUCUUGGAUUUGUUCUGUAACGGUACCAAAAGCUACGUGGUAGCAUCAAAUCGGCAACAUGCCUCUUGUACGGAAACGGCGCGCACAGCCAGAACCAGAAGCGAGCGAAGAUGAAGCGUCUUCAUCUUCUGAAGUGGGAGAACAGACACAGCAUGAUUCUCGACGCCAGCGACGACGAACUGACGAUGUACAACCGGACGACUCUGGCGACUCCGAAUCGUCCGGCAAUGAGGUGGAGGCGCCUACUAUGGUUGACGUGAUGGUCAAGAAGAUGGUGCGCCUGGCGCUGGCGAGCGAGUAUUCACGACAACCGAUCCGGCGCACCGAUAUUAGCGCGAAAGUUUUGGGAGAGCAAGGAUCGCGACGGUUCAAGGCAGUUUUCGAUGAGGCUCAGACAGUUCUAAGGAAGAGGUUUGGUAUGGAGAUGGUCGAAUUACCAGGCAAGGAAAAGGUUACAAUUAGCCAACGAAGAGCUGCACAACGUGUCGAGAAGCAAUCAUCCGCUACGAAAUCGUGGAUACUAACAAGUACCCUUCCUCCCGCCUACCGAACUCCGACCAUAAUUCCACCGACGAAAGCCCCGUCAUCAUGGACCGAAAGUACCUACACUGCCCUUUACACCUUCAUAAUCUCCGUCAUCAGCCUUAAUGGAGGCUCUCUUCCGGAGCAAAAGCUCGAUCGCUACCUGAGGCGUACCAAUGCUGAAGCAUACACACCGAUCGACCGCACGGAACGGUUGUUGCAGCGGCUUUGCAAGGAUGGGUAUCUGGUUCGCAAUCGAGAAAUGGAUGGUGGAGAGGAAGUGAUUGAGUACAUGGUUGGUCCUAGAGGAAAAAUCGAAGUCGGGGAAAAUGGUGUUGCUGGACUAGUCAGGGAGGUCUACGGGCGCCCGGACCCUGCUAUGCUGAAUGGCAAUACGGCGAGUGCAGAAGACAAGGAGGAGAUGGAAGAAUUCGAAAGCAGACUCCGGAGGAGUCUUGGAUUAGGAAAGCAGAAGCCAGAGAAUAAUUCUGGCGACCAGGCUGCAGAGACUCAAGCGAGAGGCCAAGGGGCGAGGCGUACUCGGAGACGCACCGGAGACGAAGAACCCGAAGAAGAUGAGGAGGAUAGUGAUGUUUGAAAUACCUCAUCUCGAUGUUGGAAAUCUGGCGGUUGUCCGUUGCACUACGAUAUGAUACCUUAUAUGAUAUCCCUUGUGAGCAUGUUAGAUCUGUACUGGUCCAUUGUAUAAUACUUGAUUUUUCUCUUGCAGUAAUACGGACUUUGGACUAAGAGAUGACGGCUGUGGAAAUCGUUUGUCAUGGAUAUUUGGGCAAUUUUUUUUUUUUUUUUUUUGUUUUUCCUGGGACC